UUUGAAAUCUGGAGAUAUCAGGGUGAAGAAUUUAUGGUGUUGUAUAUAAGAGAAUUUUCAAAAAGUACACUUUUGCAAUGAGAACCACUAGAAACCAGAGUCAAAUAAGAAGUUAUCCUAUAGUGUUGUAAAAUAGAAAAUUUAUCCGACUUUAAGUCACAGUCCGUGGAAUUAAGCCGAUGCCAAGUUCAUUCAAUUAUUCACUCGUUCGCAUACUUAAUUAUUCAUAAGGAGCUUUACGUAACUGAUUACGUAAUCUAAUACUCAAAACAGAGAAUGGUAAUUGACAAUAUAUGAUCUCUAUUCUCUUUCUUUGUUAGGUCGUCCAUCAAAAUCGCCAUGGAUUCAAUUGAGGAAGUCAAUACAGACGAUUUUGGGUUCAGUCUUGCUACGGAUGAGAAGGGAUUCUCGGUGUUCGGCUCCACUAUAGACUUUGAGGUUCACGAAGAGCCUUUGAAUUUGCUUGCAAUAGGAAACAAAUCAGGAAUCAUUGCCAUUUCCAACGUUACCACCUUGUGUUUAGACACUCUAAGUGCAGUAGACAAUCCGGAAGCUGAGGAAGCCAAAGAGACUCUUUUGCGACUGGUAGCUGGAGAUGACCUAGAGAUCAAACAAGUUUUUUUCAGUCCUGAUGAACAAACUCUAUUUGUUGUGAAUAACAACAAGUUGCAAAAGUUAAGCGCAAAGAAAUUUAUUGCUGGCGAGGGUUCCAGUUUGGCUGAUUACGAAAUUGGGGUAGCAAUUAUCAAAAAUGUGAUCCCUUCACCUGUUCACAAUGAGAAGUUCCUCGUUUUGGACGAUUCCAAUACGCUUUUCUUAUGGGAGAAAAGCAGCUUGGAAACUGUAGGCUCAAACAUUGCUUCAGCGUGCUGGUCUAGAGACGGAAGUUCGUAUUCGUACAUUAUAAACAAUACAACGACUAUCACAAAUAGUGCAGAUUCGACGCACAUACCAAUAGACGUGUCUCAGGACGAAGAAUACGAGUCGGACAAUUAUCAUAUUAAGCAGAUCUUCGACCUUAAAACCAAAUUUAUAGCUAUCUUUGAGCUGAAUGACUCGGAAUUGGACUACCAUACUACCAAGGCAUACUAUAUAGAAAAGACAAGUUCUGGCUAUGCUACUCAGAAACUAGAGUUAGAACCCCCGUCGAAUACCGUUUCUCGUCACUUGACUUACUACACGACCUGGAUAUCCGAAUGGAAGAGAAACGAGACUCUUUUCUUCUUUUCUUCAGGCUCAUCCACAGAUGUUGAUUCACUAGUUUCAGACGCUUCUGGAUUCAAAAUCUUGCAAUUAGAGGAUACAAACAGAGCGCUGUUCCCCAUUGAUGAUGAGGCAGAUGUAGACACUUCACCUGUAGGUAUGGCCGUUGAUUUGCGAGCCUUUGAAGCUGUCGUCAAGGAACCUUGUUCAGGUGUAGAAGAAGUCAAAGGAAAGUUGCCUAAGGUAUAUACAUUAUUGCACACGGGAAAGUUAAUUGCCUGGUGGGUGUUUGACAAACACGGCGUAUUAGAUGGGACCGUUGACUUGCAGAGAGCAUAUUCUGCUUUUCCUGCUGUUGAAAGGGACAUCUCUUCAUCUAUUUCUGUAAUUAAGGAGACACCAUCCUCUCAAUCAGAAGAUUCUACAACUAAAGGCACCUUUGAUGGUUCCAUUGGAUUUGGAAGUAGUUCUACUAGAUUUGGCAGUAGCACUGGAGCAAAUGAAGUUGCUGGUGGUGCUUUUGGUAGUACCUCUGGAGCAUUUGGAAACUUGCUGACAUCUGAUAAAACUCCUAGUAAAACGGCAGAAGAAGGACCAACACUGUUUGGAAGUGUUGCCUUUGGAUCCGCAGCUCCAACUUCACAACCAGCUGCCUUUGGAUCAUCACCGCAGGCUUCGAAACCAGUUGCUUCUGGUAUUGGGGCUACACCUGCAUUUGGAUCUGUAGGCUUUGGAGCACCUUCUUUUGGAUCUACCAGUUUUGUUAAUGCAAAUUCCAGUGUUAUUCCAACAGCUUCUCUGAAAUCAACCUUUUCUAACUACGCCAAUACUCCCUCUGGGUUUGGAGCAUCCACUGCGAAAGCAUCACCAUUUGGAAACCUUACUUCAGGUUCAGGAAGUUCUCCAUUUGCCAGUAUAGGUAGUGGUGACAAGGAGUCACCAUUUGGCAAACUCCAAGAAUCAAAAUCAAUAUUCGGACAGGAGAGUAACGAAGGUAAGCCUUCUAGUUUUGGCAGCACCGCGAAUGUGGAAUCCCCAUUUGCUAAGCUUGGUAAUUUGGACAUAAACAAAGAUGGUUUUGGUGAACCAAAAGAAUCUCCAUUCGCUUCACUUGCACAGGAUACAAAACCAAAAGAAUCUCCAUUCGCUUCUUUUGCACAAGAUACAAAACAGGUGUCUCCAUUUUCUUCCCUUGCACAAGACAAAAAACCAAGCGAUUCUCCGUUUUCUUCUCUUGGACAGGAAAGAGAAUCAAAGGAAUCUCCAUUCGCUUCUUUAAAGCAGACUACUAAAUUCGAAUCACCAUUUGCGAAGUUAGAACCUUUUAAACGAGGUGAAAAACAACUCACAGAAUUGGAAUCCUUACGUAAACACGAUUCUGCGGAGAGUGAGUCAACCAUUGGAAGUUAUGUCAAUGUUGAAGGAUCCAAUGAGCCACUGUUUGGAGAUCUUGCGAUAAUUGACAACUCAGAUAAAGCUGCCUUUGGCAGCAAUAAAUCAGCGUUUGGAGGCUUCGGUGGUUCGUCAACAAAAUCUUUUGGCUCCGCCUUUGGUUCAUCCUUGACAACUACACAACAAGCAGUACAGGAUUCUCUGGAUUCAGAUGAGACAUACGACAGUGAGGAAUCAUCACAAGAAGAAAAUCUGCAAGCUGUGGAUGUAAGAGCUGAAGAAGUUCGUGAACAUUCAUAUACUAUAGCAGGAGGAAGAGGAAAUUACAUAAAUGAUUCGACUUCUUACGAUGAACAAAUUCCUGACAAGCUGACGCUCAACAAGGAAGCAAACAAGCUCAAUGAAUUCAUGUUGUCCAGAGGUACCAGAGAAAAAAUUGUUGAAGAUUCGUCUGAAAGCUACGAAGAAAUGGCUCAACAUCAUUCAGGCGGAUAUAUUAGCGACGAGAGUUAUGAAGAUUUGGAAGAAGAAGACGAAAUUGAAAAAUUACUAGCAAAUAGACCACCGGCAAAUCCUGAACUUUUGAAGUUUGAUGGCCUUGAAAAAGGUAUUAAAGCUACGAAGAACCCAAUUGAAGAUAUGAUAUCAACCAUCUUCCAGAAUACUACUGGCCAAUUAAAGAUAUUGGAGAGAAACAGUGACAAGAUCAUUGGUUUUAUUGAUGAACACGACUACGAGACCUCUUAUUCUGAUGCUGCUCUCAAAUACCCUGACUACUGGCAUUUGGCCUCCUCACACAACAUUGGAAUUCUUGCAAAAGAAGAGAUUCAGGAUAUCACUGCAAUCAUAGAACAAGCAGAAUUGCAAGAAACAAAGUCUAAGAAGUUGGAAGAUGAGGUGAAACUAUUGCAACAGAAGAGAAUCCAAUUGGACAAGCUUAUCAGCCACUUAUCUAUAAUCAGCAAGUCUGAAACUGAUCCGUUGUUGAAGAGUAGGCCCUUGGAUCUUGCCAACGAAGCACUUCAAGUCAGCAUUCGUAAGAAGUUGACUAGAGUCAAGCUGUUGGAAAGGGAGUUGAUAUCCAAGAUGAUGCCUUUAAAGGCUAGAUGUUCCGUUAAUGAAGGAAUUGCUCUGAACCUUGAGAAGGUUACUCUUAAACUCCACAGCAACGUUGCUGAUCAAAGGGCCAGGAUCGACGUUUUGUUGAAAGAAGUAGAGGAGUUGUCAGUUAAUGAAAAGAAGGAGAUUCCUCUCAUAGAAGCAUCGUAUAACACUGGUUCGAUCAAAGCCAUUGCGAAAACGAGAUUGAGUAAUCGUUUGAAAGAUUCUUCUAAAGUCACAAAAGUGAAGUUCUAAUACAGAAAUAAUUCAAUUUUGUAUUCUAGCAACGCGAGCCAGCGACUAUAACAUAUAGUGCUCUUAUAUAUAUAAUUCCGUAUUAAUGUUUCAAGAGGAGCUCUCUAAAUGGCCAAAUAUACCAUAUAUAUUC